AUGAGGCGCCGCGCGGUCCUCGCCCAGCCCGGGCUCCGGACCGGAGACACCGGCCGCGCGCUCUUCUGUGUCCUCUGCUGCGUCCUCCCGCAGGCCGCCCCGCAAGUGCUCAGGAUCGGAGGGAUUUUUGAAACCUUGGAAAACGAGCCUGUUAAUGUGGAGGAGUUGGCGUUCAAGUUCGCAGUCACCAGCGUUAACAGAAACCGGACCCUGAUGCCCAACACCACGCUGACCUACGACAUCCAGCGGGUCAGCCUGUUUGACAGUUUCGAGGCCUCGCGCAGAGCCUGCGACCAGCUGGCCCUGGGCGUUGCCGCACUGCUGGGUCCGGCGCACAGCUCCUCGGCCAGCGCCGUGCAGUCGGUGUGCAACGCGCUGCAGGUGCCCCACGUGCACACGCGCUGGCGGCCCCCCGCGGCGGACAGCCGCGGCCCCUUCCACGUCAACCUGCACCCGGACGCCGCAGCCAUCAGCCGCGCGGUGCUGGACCUGGUGCUCUACUUCGGCUGGAGGGCCGUGACUGUGGUCUACGAGGACAGCACAGGUCUGAUUCGCCUGCAAGAGCUCAUCAAAGCUCCCUCCAGACACAACAUUAAAAUCAAAAUCCGGCAGCUGCCGGCGGGGAAUAAGGACGCGAAGCCUUUGCUGAAGGAGAUGAAGAAGGGCAGGGAGUUCUACGUGAUAUUCGACUGCUCCCACCGGACGGCCGCCGAGGUCCUGAAGCAGAUCCUGUUCAUGGGCAUGAUGACUGAGUACUACCACUACUUUUUCACAACCCUGGACCUGUUCACCCUGGACCUGGGGCUGUACAGGCACAGCGGCGUCAACGUGACCGGCUUCCGGCUGCUCAACGCGGACGACCCGCAGGUGGCCGCUGUCGCCGCGCGGUGGUCCCUGGAGCGGCUGCAGGCGCCCCCCCGGCCCGAGGUCGGCCUGCUGGACGGCGCGAUGACGACGGAGGCGGCGCUGAUGUUCGAUGCGGUGCACGCGGUGGCCCUCGCCGCGCACCGGGCGCCCCAGCUGGCCGUCAGCUCGCUGCAGUGCCACCGACACAAGCCCUGGCGCCUCGGACCCCGGUUCAUGAGCCUCAUCCGAGAGGCUCGGUGGGACGGCCUGACCGGGCGGAUCGUCUUCAACAAAACCGACGGCUCGAGGGAGGACUUCGACCUGGACGUCCUCAGCCUCGGCGAGCAAGGGGCUGAAAAGGCUGCUGGUGAAGUGUCCAAACACUUCUCUAAAGCUUGGAAGACGAUCGGCGUCUGGAACUCCAACGGCGGGCUCACCAUGAGGGGCGGCCGCGCGGACCGGCCCCGUGACGGCCCCAGCUCACUGGCCAACAGGACGCUUAUCGUCACCACCAUCCUGGAAGAGCCCUAUGUGAUGUACAGGAAGUCGGACACGCCCCUCUAUGGAAAUGACAGGUUUGAAGGGUAUUGCCUGGACCUUUUGAAGGAAUUGUCCAACAUUCUGGGUUUCAUUUAUGACAUCAAACUCGUCCCCGACGGCAAAUACGGAGCCCAGAACGAGAAAGGAGAGUGGAACGGGAUGGUUAAAGAGCUCAUCGAUCACAAGGCGGACCUGGCGGUGGCCCCCCUGACCAUCACGUACGUGCGGGAGAUGGCCAUCGACUUCUCCAAGCCCUUCAUGACGCUGGGCAUCAGCAUCCUCUACCGGAAGCCCAACGGCACCCACCCGGGCGUCUUCUCCUUCCUCAGCCCCCUGUCCCCAGAUGUCUGGGUGUGCGUGCUCCUGGCCUGCCUGGGGGUCAGCUGCGUGCUCUUCGUGAUUGCGAGGUUCACCCCCUACGAGUGGCACAACCCACACCCGUGCACCCCCGACUCCGACGUGGUGGAGAACGACUUCACGUUGCUGAACAGCUUCUGGUUUGGAGUCGGAGCGCUCAUGCAGCAAGGGUCGGAGCUGAUGCCCAGGGCCCUGUCCACCAGGAUCGUCGGGGGCGUCUGGUGGUUCUUCACCCUCAUCGUCAUCUCGUCCUACACGGCCAACCUGGCCGCCUUCCUCACGGUGGAGCGAAUGGAGUCCCCCAUCGACUCGGCGGACGACCUGGCCAAGCAAACCAAGAUCGAGUACGGGGCGGUCAGAGAUGGGUCGACCAUGACCUUCUUCAAGAAGUCCCGGAUCUCCACCUACGAGAAGAUGUGGGCCUUCAUGAGCAGCCGGCAGCGCACGGCCCUGGUGCGCACCAGCGAGGAGGGCGUGCGGCGCGCGCUGGCCGCCGACUACGCGCUGCUCAUGGAGUCCACCAGCAUCGAGUACGUGACGCAGCGCAACUGCGACCUCACCCAGAUCGGGGGCCUCAUCGACUCCAAGGGCUACGGCGUGGGGACGCCCAUAGGCUCGCCCUACCGGGACAAGAUCACCAUCGCCAUCCUGCAGCUGCAGGAGGAGGGGAAGCUGCACAUGAUGAAGGAGAAGUGGUGGCAGGGCCGCGGGUGCCCGGAGGAGGGCGGCACGGAGGCCAGCGCCCUGGGUGUGGAGAGCAUCGGCGGCAUCUUCAUCGUCCUGGCCGCUGGGCUGGUCCUCUCUGUGUUCGUAGCCAUCGGGGAGUUUAUAUACAAGUCGCGGAAGAGCGGCGACGUUGGGCAGAAAGGAAAGUCAUCAAGAAUUAGAUUUUAUUUUAGGAACAAAGUAAGGUUUCAUGGGAGAAAAAAACAAAGCCUUGGUGUAGAGAAGUGUCUCUCCUUCAACGCCAUCAUGGAAGAGCUGGGAAUCUCACUCAAAAAUCAGAAAAAGUUAAAGAAAAAGCCAAGAACUAAGGGGAAACCUUCCUUCACCAGUAUCCUUACUUGUCACCAGAGACGAACCCAGAGAAAAGAGACGGUGGCGUGA